UUCAGUUGUGGAUAAAAUUUGUCACUCUGCUUCGUACUCUGUUUCAUCAAAACAUUAUCGAUGGCUUUGUCCCUGUUCCAAAACCCCAACUUUCUUAAAUCCCAACUCCAAUCUCAGCCCCAAAUCGCCACGGCUACCACCACCGCACGCUGUGGCUACCUUCGGGUGAGGUGCGGCGGACCGCGAUCUCAGCGUGGACCGCUGGUGAAAGGUCGAAUCCUGAGCAUCGAAGCAAUCCAAGCCAUCCAAACCCUAAAACGUCUCCACCGAACAAACCCUCCCAACCUCUCCUCCCAACUCUCUAACACCCUCACGCGCCUCCUCAAAUCUGACCUCCUCGCCACCCUCCGAGAGCUCCUACGCCAGCGCCACUGCGCCCUCGCCCUCCGUGUCUUCUCCACUCUCCGAUCGGAAUACGGCGCCGAGUUAUCCCUCUAUGCCGAGAUGGUACAGGCCCUCACCGCCUGUGAUAUGCACGAAGACGUGGACAGUCUGAUCCUCGACCUCGAAGAUGAAAAUGAAAUCAGGUGCGACGAUAAUAAGGGGCUUGCCAGCUUGAUUAAGGCCGUUGUUACUGCUCGGAGGAAAGAAUCAACACUCAGGAUUUACGACUUGAUGAAGAAGAGUGGAUAUGGAACCGUCGCUGAGCUCGAUGAGUACGUGUUUAAGGUUUUGGUUUCUGGUUUCAAGAGUUUCGGGGAAGAGGCUCUUGCUGAAGAACUUCAACAGCAUUACAAAAUGUCGCUUGCUAAGUCUCAAUUCAACACCUUGCGCAUUUAGCCAACUUUGUAUAUAUUUUGUUUUUAUUUUUUAAUACUGUGAUUAGGUAGCUGUAGAAGAAAGUCAUGGCAAGUGUUAAUUCAUUCUUUUUGCAUGUUUGAUUGGAAUACACUUUACAGUGUUACUGUAA